GUGUGGUGUGGAUGCAUUUAAAAGGCAGAGAGCCCCUGGAGGCACACUCUACUCUCUGAUUCUCUUGAUCGAAUAAAGAAGAAGAAGGCAAAAAGAAAAGAAGCGGUUUCUUUGUUGUUAGAGAAAGAUGGAGUGUAUGAAGGGGGAAGAAGCAAAGUGCAUGUGGGUGCAGGGCCCCAUAAUCGUAGGAGCAGGACCCUCAGGGCUAGCAGUAGCGGCAUGCCUCACCCGCCACGGAGUGCCCUACGUGAUCCUGGAGAAGAGCCACUGCAUAACCUCCCUCUGGCAGCACAGAACCUACGACCGCCUCAAACUCCACCUCCCCAAACACUUCUGCCACCUCCCCUUCAUGCCCUUCCCUCCCCAUUUCCCUAAAUACCCCUCCAAGAACCAGUUCAUCUCCUACCUCCAGUCCUACGCCGCGCACUUCUCCAUCCACCCUCGCUUCAACCACUCCGUUCACACCGCCCAGUACGACCCCGCUUCCCAACUUUGGCUCGUCACCACCCACCACUUUCUCUACAUUUCCCCCUGGCUCGUCGUUGCCACCGGAGAGAAUGCCGACCCUGUCAUUCCCUCCAUUUCCGGCAUUCACACCUUUCAAGGCCCCAUUCUCCACACCAGCCUCUACAAAUCUGGCUCUCACUACAAAAACCAGAGGGUCUUGGUCAUUGGUUGCGGCAACUCCGGCAUGGAAGUUAGCUUGGACCUUUGCAGGCACAACGCUUUCCCUCACAUGGUUGCAAGAAACACUGUGCAUGUGUUGCCUAGGGAGAUGUUUGGGUUCUCGACGUUUGGAAUAGCGAUGACUCUCUUGAAAUGGCUUCCGAUAAAGUUAGUAGACAAGUUGAUGUUGGUGGUGGCUAGGUUGAUGUUGGGUGACACCGCUCGCUAUGGUGUGAGGAGGCCUAAAACGGGGCCAAUAGAGCUCAAAUUUGUCACUGGGAAAACUCCGGUGCUUGAUGUUGGACAAGUGGCACAAAUAAGAUCUGGUAACAUCAAGGUGAUGGAAGGAGUGAAAGAGAUAACAAGAAAUGGUGCCAAGUUUAUGGAUGGACAAGAAAAGGAGUUCAGUGCUAUAAUAUUGGCAACAGGAUACAAAAGCAACGUGCCCACUUGGCUAAAGAAAUGUGAAAGUUUAAAGAAAGAGGGAAUGCCGAAAAGGCCGUUUCCAAUGGGUUGGAAGGGGGAGAAUGGAUUGUAUACAGUGGGGUUCACAGGAAGAGGUCUUCUUGGAACAGCCUCAGAUGCCGUAAAGAUUGCUAAAGACAUCGCUGAUCAAUGGAUGAACGUUAAGGACAAAUCGUACCGUAAUUCCCACAUCAUCUUGCUCAAGAGUACAUAGGAUCACGUGGGUAAUCUCGUGCUUGUCCUAGAUUUUUUUUACCUCUUUAUAGAGGUUUUUUUUUUUUGUGUAUGUACAAUUUUGUAUUUCCAGCAUUCUUGUUCUUGUGUCUAAACUUCUCACCUCUGCCUUCGUUUAAAACAGUUUCGUAAAUAAAAUGCUACCUUUAAU